UCUGCAUAUGAAUACAGUGGGCAGUCUGCUUUGAUAUUACUGUUUCUUGACUGUAACUUGUAUUUUUUGAAUAUGCAAUAAUCACAUGUUACUAACCAAUCUCUUAGUGUACUCUCACUGUGUUAUCUAUUGUUAACCUAAAACCUCUUAAGAUAGCAGGGGCUAUAUAUAAUGUACAACAGUUCUUUGGUGUCCCAUUGUCGAAUGGAGAAUGAUAUAAUUAACACAUCGUCUGAAAUUUCUGAUCGAAAUCCUAUGGUUUUAGAUCGGAUUCCCUCAACCUUGUUGUCAGAUGCAUUUGUACAGUCAGAUUCACUGGUUUUUAACAGCCGAAGCCAGAUCAUAGCUGGAUAUCCUUUGCUUCCAACAUUGCAGGGAGAUCAAAUUAAUGAUAUCCAGGAUGAUUUCCCAGAAACAAAUCGUGGUGGGAUUAUUGGUUCAGAUGCUACAGCUUCUAGAAAUAUGCUUCUCCACCAUAGACUAGCUACUAGAAAUGCCUCAGUCAGCAGCUUGCAUCCUGUUAACAGUGAUUUUCAGGAGCAAUUCAGUGGAAGAGCAUCUCUUUCUGCUAUGUCACUUCCUAACAUUUUGGAAACAACCAGUACUCUGCAGAAAAAUCUUGAUAGGGUCACAGUGUCUGCCCCAUCAACCUUUCAAUUGGAGGAUUUGAGAACUUUUAUUUCGAAUGGCUGUGACAAUUCAAAUUCAUCACUUACAGGAUCUGUGAAUGGUGACUACAGUCGGGGACAUGGUGAUAUGGAGUUUAUGGCACCCAAGGACUGCAGUUUGCCUGGGGAAUUGGAUGGUAAAUGGGACUUUGAGAAGUUUCUGGAUUGUCAGGAGCUUAGUGUGAAAAAUCCCAUGAGAAUGAUUUCUGAUCCAUAUGAUGUUGGUAGCUCAGGCCCCAAUUUUUGGAUUUCAUCUAACAAGUCUAACUUCAGUGCAGAUGGUUCAUGCUCUUACUUUAUACCUUGCAAUGAGCUGUCUUUAAGUCUUGCCACAUGCCAACCCUCUAUUACAAGUCUACCCACCAUCCCAGAUCAGUGCUCAGAAAUAAGCUGCUCUGGUUUUACUCGGCAUUCUUUGCACGAAGUUGGGUUAGCAACAGGAUUGAGUUCAGAGCAAACCUGUAGCAAGAGUAGUGAGCUUUCUUUAAGCUAUGGUUCAUGUAAACCUUUCCACUUCUCACAUAUUUUAUCUGGCUCGAAAUAUCUCCAUGUGGCUCAGCAAAUACUCACUGAAAUUGCAAGCUAUUCAGUUGAAAAUCAGGGCAAUUUUAGCUAUUCACCAGGAACGAUUGGGACUGGGGCAAAGAUUUCAUUUUCUUCAGAGUGCUCUGGUGUGGGUGAGAUUUCACUGGAGUCUGAUGAAUCUUCUUACCCUGCUGGAAAUGCCAGAUCUGAGGACCAAAUGGAGUUCACAUUGCAAAGACAGGAAAUUGAAGUGAAGAAAGGUCAAUUGUUAGCACUGCUGCAACUGAUCGAUAACAGAUACAACCAAUGUUUGGAUGAGAUCCAUACGGUGGUAUCUGCAUUUCAUGCUGCAACUGAGCUGGACCCUCAGAUACAUGCUCGUUUUAUUCUUCAAACAAUCUCUCUCCCAUAUAACAACCUAAGAGAGAGAAUCACCAACCAAAUCAUUGCAAUUGGAGGACGACUCAGUAGCGGACAUAAUAGAGAGGAGAGAUCUUUCAAGUCAUCCUUCAUCCAAAAGCAAUGGGCUCUCGAGCAGCUAAAGAGAAGAGAGUAUCAAUCAUGGAGACCACAAAGAGGGCUGCCAGAAAGAUCUGUCUCUGUUUUACGAGCCUGGAUGUUUCAAAACUUUCUCCAUCCGUACCCAAAAGACGCAGAGAAGCAUUUACUUGCAAUAAAAAGUGGAUUGACAAGAAGCCAGGUCUCCAAUUGGUUUAUAAAUGCACGGGUUCGGCUCUGGAAACCAAUGAUAGAAGAAAUGUACUCAGAAAUGAACAUGACAAAGGGACUUUGGAAUGGAGAAGGAACUAAUAUUGUCCACAUGAAUCAUUUAAGGAUUGAAGAUCAGAGAACACAAAUGAAUUGAUGCUGAUUUACUCAUAAAUGGCUUCAUGAUUCAUUCCCUCUUGCUGUGCUUUGAUCUAUAUGUGGCUAAUAAUGGAUUUCACUACUUGGUUCUUAAUUGUGAAAGCAAGGAUAUCCAAAAGAAAGAAAAAAAA